AAGAGAGAGCGAGUGAGAGUGAGAGAGUGAGAGUCAGGCGGAGGAGGUGGGGCUGCGGGUGUCACUCUCACUCACUCUCACUCUCACUUUUGGGCCCCUAGACACCAAAUAUCGGCUAAAAAUGGCCGAAAUGGACGAGCAGGAGAGGAAAGUGGUUAACGAAUUCUGCCACUUAUUAGAAAAGUCAAAACAACUUUUUAAUGGCCUAAGGGACUUGCCUCAGUAUGGACACAAGCAGUGGCAGGCGUACUUUGGCCGAACAUUUGACAUUUACACCAAGCUGUGGAAGUUCCAGCAACAGCACCGCCAGAUCCUUGACGCUAAGUUCGGACUCAAACGCUGGCAGAUUGGUGAAAUUGCCUCCAAGAUCGGACAGCUUUACUACCAUUACUACCUGCGUACCAGCGAAACAAACUAUUUGAACGAAGCUUUUUCAUUCUACGCUGCAAUUCGAGGCAGGGCUUACUACACCAGGACGAAUAAGGAUGAUCGUAAUGUCCAGAUGUCUGACUUAAUGGUGAAGAAACUGAGAUAUUAUGCUCGCUUUAUUGUUGUUUGUCUUCUUCUCAAACGGAUGAAGCUCGUCCGAGAUCUUGUCAGGGAACUCAGCAAGCAAAUUGAUGAAUACACAGCCACUUAUGAACCAGAGGACCAGCUGGAGUGGUCUCUGGUGUUGGCGGAGAUCAAAUCCUUUAUAGACGCCGACAACACCAUUAAUGUGCUGGAUAUGGAUUCCAACACCAUUGUACUGUCUCAUAGGUUGAGUGGGCAUAACAACCCCCCUGUAGAGAAGACCCCCUCAAUGUCCCUAACUCUGCAGGAAAUUUUGAUUGUUGGUAACUGCAAUGACCAGGUGAAAUUUAGUGAGCUGACCAUCGAUAUGUUCCGAAUGUUGCAAACUCUGGAGAGAGAGCCACAGGAAGACAACAGUCAGAUUUACGACACCUCCCCCGCCCCCACCAAGACCCCCUACACCACGGGGCCUCGGACACUCAAGAGAGAAAACCCACACAAAUAUUUGCUCUACAAACCAACUUUCUCGCAAUUAAUGGUGUUUCUGGCCUCUGGAUUUAAAGAGCUGCCUGCAAACGGGGCAAUGUUGCUUUAUAUAUCUGCCGAUGGGCACACAUCUGCCAAACACCCACAGGACCCUGGCUACGAUUUUGGUGGAGUGGUGACAAACAGCAAGAGAGACGCAGAGGCGGGGGCGGGGGGCAAGAGGGCGCUACAGCUUAAAGACAUGCACUGUUUCUAUCCUGGUGACCUUUAUGCCUUCACCAGGAAACCUUUAUUUAUUGUUGUCGACUCGGAAAAUUCAGUCGUGUUUGGAAAUAUGCCUCAGUUCUUCGGCCAGCCUCUUGUGGUGCUCAUGUCACCUCAAGAUGUCCCAACACAGUUCCAGGACCAGCACCACCGCGGGAACCUCUUCACCCUCUUCCUACACUCACCACUCAUGGGUCUGUGUCUGGUCAGCUCCCUGUGUGACAUUCCAAUGACUCUGUGGGAGAAAUGCCAAGCUCUUGUUGAUAGAUUUGUAUCAGAGGCAUCCAGGCUUGUGGCGCGAAGCAGGAGUGUUGAUCCUUCAUUUCUCCAGUUCUUCGGAGACGAUUUUCUGCGAUUGUUAAUUCUGAGGUACAUCUUCUGCUCUACUGUUCUGAGGGCCCAUCGCGUCUUCAAGGGCCGCCAGUUCUACCCACGGACACACCCAGCUUUGCCUGAAGGGGAAAUUCUUGACCACCCCUCCCUGUACGCCCUCGUCCUUGACCUUGCAGCCACCCUGGACGUGACCCACCUUUUCUACGAGUCCCGUGACCUCCAAUGA